AAGAGCCAAGCCUAGAGAUGGGAUGUCCAGUAUUCAAAUCUGGCCUCAGACACUUCCUUGCAAUGUGACCCUGAACAAGUCUCUUAACCUCAUUGCCCAGUUCUCACUGCUCUUCUGCCUUGGAACCAAUACACAGUAUUUAUUCUAAGAUGGAAGGGAAGGGUUUUUUUAAGGGAUUAUAUAGGAACAUUUUGUGUAAGGCUUGGAAUUCCAGGACCAAAUAUGACUAUCAAAUGUGAAUAAUAGGGAGUCAUUGAAAGUUUCUGAGUAGAGAAAGAAUACUAUAAAAUCAUUAUUACAGGAAUGUAAUCCUUAUCACUGAGAUCCCAUUGGGGUAAAUUGCCUUUUCUACCAACUUAGUGCCUUGUGAUAUGAAGCUAAUAUAAAUUCAAUGUAUUUCGAGAUAAUUCUUGGGGGGAAAUGACAAAGUAAUAAAGAUCACAAGCUGUCUUCUCUGUUUCAUCCUAUCACAAACAAGGGGAAUGUGGCUCUUGGCUAAAAUAUCAGAGUAGGUUUAAUACAUAGACAAUAUUAUAUUUUUACUUAUUACCCUCCUCAAAGUUUAAGAUUCAAGCUGGCAUCUUCCCAUACUAAUGAAACUCGUUUUUCUAUUUUGCCUUAGGAAAAGCUAAGAAACAUGAGAGUGCUUCAGACCCAAUUCCAAAAUGAAGAGAGUGUUUAUUCCAUUCCAAGGCCCACAAAACUACAGCCUGAGUAUAAUUCUGGAUUUCUAAACCAAGCUUUGACUGACAGAAACUCAGACUCCUUAACGCAGAUGCAAGUGACACCUCUUUGUCCCAAUGGCAAUUCACAAUCUUUUGACCCUCCUAUAAUCAAAACAGAAAGGACCAGUGAGGAAGAUAAAUGUUCCAUAUUCCCAGAAGCCCCAGGGAAGGAUGUGCCCCCUCACGAAUAUUCUGUGAAAGACAUCUUAUUUGCUGACAAACUCCAAUCAUGUCCUCAGAUAACUAAAUCAGAGGAGGGAAAGAUGAAAUUUAGGGUUAGGAAUACACUAGACAAUUGGGAAAAUGUAAUGACUCAAUAUGAUGAGGCAGAGUCUGCAGAAACAUCCAUUACAAAGCAUUCAAGUAGGGCUCUCUUUCAGGAAGGCAAAAAAGGUGCUAUCAGGACUACCCCAGAAAACACAAUAGUAAAACCUCGAACAAAUCCAAAGUGGACUCUUCCAUCCCCAAAGCGUAUGAUCAUCCAUGGACUAAUAGUUGCCUCUUUCAAAGAAUCUGAAAUUUCUUCUCCUUCUAGUGAAAGGAACCCAAUAUCCACAUUUCCUUCUUUCAAAGAGACUUCUGAGUUUCUUUCUUCCUCUAAUGACAAAUGUCCAGAGACAGCACUAGAAUCUUUCAAAGAGACUUCUGAGAUUCCUUCAUUAUCCAAUAACAAAAACCAGGGGCCAAAACAGGUUUAUCUUAGCAAGUCAUCUGAAAUUUUGCCUUCAUUCAGAGACAACAAACCAAGGAAAAUACAAGUUUCUCUCAAAGAGUCCUCUGAGAUUCCUUCAUCAUCUAAAGACAAGAGAGCAGAGGAAACAAUGGCUACUUCUAUAGGGUUCUAUGAGAUUCCUUCUUCAUCUAAGGAUAGGAGACUAGAAAAAACACUAUCAUCUUCCAAAGCAUACUCUGAGAUUCCUUCUUCACAAAGUGACAGAACUCCAGAAAUAACAGUGGUGUCAUUUAAAGAAUCUUCAGACAUUCCUUCUCUAGUCAUGGACAAGAGACCAAGGCCAACAUUUGCCUCUUUCCAAGAAUGCUCUGAAUCUCAUUCAUCCAAUUACAUAAGCCAAGUCACAACACUGGACUCUUUUCAUGAAUAUUAUAAUAUCCAUCCUUUGACCAGGGACAAGAGAUCAGGGAAAAGAGAAAGACCUUCUAAACAGUUCUCUGAAUUUCUUUCUUCAUCCAGUGACAGAAGUUCAGGAACAAUAUUGGAUUCUUCCAGAGAAUACUCUGACAUUCUUCCUUUGACCAUGGACAAGAGAUCAGAGAAAACAUUGGAUUCUUCCAAAGAAUCCUUUGAUCUUCCUUCUUCGUGUGGUAACAGAAUCCAAGGCACAAACUUGUACUCUUUGACAGAAUCUUGUGAGAUUCCUUAUGCAUCAAGUGAUAAGACACAAGGGAAAACAUUGGAUUCUCCCAAAGAGCACUCUGAACUUCCUUCUUUAUCCAGUGACAAGAAUCCAAGCACAGUAUUAGACUUUUCCAAAGAGUCUUCUGAGAUGUGUCUUUUUCCCAGGGACAAAAGACCAUGGAAAAUUCAGAACUCUGCUAAAGAGUCUUUUGAAAUGUCUUCAUCCAGUGAGAGAAGUAAAAAGAUAACAUCAGCAUCAUUUAAAGAGUAUUCAGAGAUUAUUUCUUCAUUCAGAGAUAUGAGAUCAAUGACAAUACCUGCUUCUUCCAAAGAUUGCUCUGGACUUCCUUCUUCAUCCAGUGACCAAAUCCCAGGAACAACAAUGACCUUUUCCAAAGAAUCUUUGAAGACUUCCCCUCUGUCCAACAACAGAAGACCAAGAAAAACACAUAGGUAUUACAAAGAGCUUUCUAAGUUUAUUUCUCCAUAUAAGGGCAUGAAAUCAAGGACUACACUUCUCUUUUCUAAAGAGCACUUUAGGCUUCCAAUUUCAUCUAAUAACAAAAGCCCAGGGACAACACUGAAUUCUUCCAAAGAAUCCUUUUAUCUUCCUUCUUCAUCCAGUGAUAUAAACACAAAUAUAUCAAUACUCGACUCUUUCACUGGAUCUUAUGAGGUUCCUCCUUUGUCCAGGGACAAGAGACCAUGCAAUAUACAGAACUCUGCCAAAGGAUCUUCUGAGAUUUCUUCAUCCAGUGACAGAAAUGAAAAGAUAACAUCAGCAUCAUUUAAUGAGUUUUCAGAAGUUAUUUAUUCAUCCAGAGAUAUGAGAUCAAUGACAACAACUACUUCUUCCAAAGAAUCCUCCAGGCUUCUUUCUUCAUCCUGUGACCAAAGCCCAUGGACAGUACUGUCCUCUUCAAAAAAAUCUUUGGAGACUCUCCCUUUGUCCAAUAACAAGAAACCAAAAAGAACAGAAAGCCCUUUCAAAGAAUUUUCUACACUUAUUUCUCCACAGAGGGACAUGAAAUCAAGGGCAAUAGCUAACUUUUCUAAAGAGUUUCCCCUUUCAUCCAGUGUCAGAAGCUCAUGGACAACAAUGGAUUCUUUCAAAGAAUCUUCUGAGAUCCCUUCUUUGUCUGAGGACAAAAGACAUAAAACUACACAUGUUUCUUUCAAAGAAUCCUCUAAUAUUCAGUCUUUGUUCAGGGACAGAAGCCCAGGGAUGAGGCUAGCCUCUUUCCAAGAAUGCUCUGAGAUUCCUUCUUCCAGUGAGAAAAAUACAAAGUCCACAUUUGCUUCUUUCACAGAUCCCUCUGAUAUUCCUUCAGAGCACAGAUACAAGAGACCAAGAACAACCCUGGCCUCUUUUGAAGAGUCCUACAUGUUUCCUCAUCCUUUCAGUGACAAGAAACCAAAAAUGACACUGUCCUUUCCCAAAGAGUCCUUUAACACACCUUCUUCAUCCACUGACAUAAGCUCAGGGGCAAUCCUGGACUCUUUAAUGGAAUAUUCUGAGACUCCCUCAUCAACCAGUGACAGAAAAUCAGGGCUAAUAUGGACCUCAUUCAGAGAAUCUACUAAGAUUCCUCCUCCUCCUUGCAUUCAAUUAAGCCCAGAACCAACAUUAAUGUCUUACAAAAAGUCUUCUGAGAUUCUUCCAUCAUCCAGGAAAAUACUAAGACCAAGGAUGGCCUCCUUCAAAGAACCUUUAGAGAUUCUUUCUUCAUCAAGUGACAGGACAUCAGGGUCAACAUUUGUUCCCAUCAAAGAGACUCCUGAUGUUUCUCUAACUGAUGAAGUGAGUGCAGGUACCAUACUUAAAUCUUUAUCAGGCUUCAUCACAAGACCAGAGCCAAAACUGAUAUCUUGUGAAGAGUCUUUUGAGAUUCCACCAUCAUCAAGUGAUGGAAUUCUAGAACCAAUGCCAGUCACUUUCAAAGAAUCUUCUGUGAUUCCUUUAUCUGGUGACAUGAGCCCAGAUAGUAUGCUUGAAUCUUUUAAUGGAUCUUCUGAAAUUCCUUCUCCAUCCACUGAGAAAAGGCCAGGGAUAAUACUUACCUCUUUCACAGAAUCUUAUGAAAGUCACUCAUCUCGUGAAUUGAGUUUAGUGACCAUAUUUGUCUCUUUCAAAGAGCCUUCUGAGAUUCUUUCUUCACUAGCUGACAGAAAUCCAGGACCAUCUUCCUCUGUCAGAUCGACUUCCAAGGCUCUUUCAUCUGGUGACAUGAGUCCAAGAUCAAUAUUUGUCUCUGUGAAAGAGUGUUCUGAGAUUUCUACUUCAUCUAAUGAUAGAAUUCCAGGGACAACAAUGGACUCCUUUACAAAGUCCUCUGAGAUUCCCUUAUCACCCAGUAACAAUGGAUCAGGGCAAACAAUGGCUUCUCUCAAUUGGUCUUCUAAGACACUUUCUUCAGCUGGUGACAAGUGUCCAGGGGCACUCUUUACACCUUUCAAAGAUUCUUCUGAGAUUACUUUGGCAUCAGCUGAAAGAAGAUCAGGAGCAAUGCCAAUCCCUUUUAAAGAGUCUUCUAAUAUUAUUUCUUCAUUUGGUGACAGGAGUCCAGAGCUAUCAGUGACUACUUUAAAAGAUGCUUCUGUAAUACCUUCUUUAUCUAGUGACAAGGAGCCAGAGACAACUCUGACCUCUUUCAAAAAUACUUCUAAUAUUUCUUUGUCAUUCAAAACCAGGAAACCAGGGCCAUCGGUGGCUUCUAUUAAAGACUCUGAUGAGAUUCUAUCUUCAUCCACCAAUAAGAAGCCAGGGAAAAAUCAUACCACUAUCAAAGACUCUUCAGAUAUUCUUUUAUCAUUGGAUGACAGGAAUUCAGUACCAGUAUUGGUCCCUUUUGAAGAUUCUUAUGACAUUAUUUCUUCAUCCAUUGACAAAAGACAAGAGGCAACAACAGCUUCUGUCAAAGAGUAUUUUGAGAUAACUUCUUCAUCUAAUGACAAGAGACCAGGAACAACAUUUAUCCCAGUCAAAAGAUCUUCUAGGAUUCCUUCCUUAUGCACAAACAGGAGAUUAGAGAGAACACUUAUACCAGUCAAAGAAAUGUCUGAUAUUUCUUCUUCUAGUGACAAAAGCUCAGGAGCAAUAUAUGCCUCUGUCAAAGAGUCUUCUGAGAAUCGUUCAGUCAGUAACAAGAACCAAGGGACAACACCUACCCCUGUGAAAGAGUAUUCUAAGAUCAUUUCCUCAUCCACUGAAAUAAAAGAAGAGGCAACACUAGUUUCUGUCAAAGAGCCUUCUAAGAAAUCUUCUUCACCCACUGAAGGAAUACCAGAGACAACACUAAUCCCUUUAACAGAAUCUUCUGAGAUUCAUUCUUCUCCCACUGAAAUAAAAUCAAGGACACUAGCCCCUGUCCAAGAAUCUUCUGAGAUUCUGUCUUCAGCCAGUGACAAGAAUCCAGUAAAUGUUCUUGCCCCAUUCAAAGAAUCUUCUAAGAUUCUGUUACCAUCCAUUAACAGAAAAACAUGGACAACAGUGGAUUCUAUCAAAGAGUCUUUUGAAAUCCCUUCUUCAUUCAAAGAAAGAAAGAGAGAUAAGACUCUUCCCCCAGUCCAAGAAUUUUCUAAGAUUCUUCCCUCAUCUACUGACAAGGAACUAAGCACAAUAGCCCCUGCUCAUGAGUCUACGGAGAUUCCUUCCAUGUCCAUCAAAACAAGACCAGAGACUAUACUUGUCUCUUCCAAAGAGUCUUUUGAGAUUCCUCUUUUAGAAAGGGACAGAAGCCAAGGGACAGCACUUUCAUCUGUCAAAGAGUCUUCUGAGACUCCUUAUUCAUCUGCUGAAAGAUCAGAAACAAGAGUCACUUCUUUCCAAGAUACUUCUAUGAUACCUUCUGUUCCCAUUGACAGAGGGCCAGCAACAAGACUGACCUCUUCCAAAGACACUUCUAAAAUCUCUUUUUCAUCCAGAGAUGGAAGACUGAAGCCAACAGUACCUUUGGCUAGAAACUAUUUUAAGAUACCUUUAUCCACUGAGAAAAAAAUGGGGCCAUUAUUUAACCUUACCAAAGAGACUCCUGAGAUACCUUUUUCAUCUAAUGGCAAGGGCCCAGAGAAAUCAUUUACCCCUCUCAAAAAGGUUUCUUCCUCAUCUACUGAAGGGACUCCAGGGGCAACACUUAUUCCUAUCAACAAGUUCUCUGAAAUUUCUUCUUCGGUCAAUAAUAGAAGACUGGAACCAAGAGAGUCUUCUGUCAAAAAGUCAUUGAAUAUACCUUCUGCAUCUAGUGAUAGGGGACCAAGAACAACCCUCACCUCUUUCAAAGAUACUUCUGAUAUUCUUCCAUCACCCAGGCUCAGAAUAGCAGGGCCAAGAGUAGCUUCUAUCAAAAAGUGUUUUGAGCCACCUCUUUCAUUGAGUGACAGGAGGCCAGGGACAAUUGUUUCUUUCAAAGAAUUACUUGACAUUCCUCCUUUGAUCAGUUCCACAAGCCAAGAAGACACAAGCCUUAGGAAGAGUGGGAGAAAAACCCCAUCAUUUCCAAUUUAUGAUUCAGUAGACUUCAGUGAAUUAGCUCUAGGUCCUCAAGGAAUCAACAAUGUUCCUCCAGUCAUCCCCGAUAGCUUGAUGAAUGGCAUCCUCGAAUCCAACACAGAAACACAGGCUUCUGGCUGGAAUAUCCAGGCCCCUAAAAUAAGACCAUUGCCAGAUAUGAAGAUCCUUGGCUUUCCACCACCAAAACCUCCAAGGCCUCCAGUGGUGAGGCUCCGGACCCUUCCAGGGCAGGCUCCUGAGGCUGCCACCAUACAAAGUGGAGCUACUGCAAAACAGAAUUACCUGACACCAGAAAACCAAGAAUGUGAAGAAUCAAAUAAUUACGAGGCAACGAUGCCAUUCCAGAAGCCACCUGAGGACUUCAUUAUCUCGAACAUGGAUAAAUCAAUUUACGACAUGGGAAUUGAAGUUAUCGCGAAGCCUCGGAAGAGUUUUGUCCAUCAGGGCUUCAGCCAUGAACAUGCCUUUGGGGAGGACAGAAAGAAGGGAAAACAGCCUCCAGAAACUAAGCUUCCCAAAAAAGACAAGGACCCGAAUCCUAAGAAGUUUGAAGGCAUUCUUCGAAAAUCCCAGGUGAAGGAUGACUAUAGAGUCAAAAGGAGCCUCCUGCGCCUAAAGAUAGAAUCAAACAAUGAAGAAGUAUAUGAAGAUGUCUACAGUGGAGACAGCAGCCCCCAACCACAAAUGGAGUUGGAAGGAAAAGAAAAAUUUAAAAAACUGGGCAGAUUUUUCAAGAAAGAAAAGGAAAAAUGUAAACCAAAGAAGACAAAGAAAAACUUAAGUGGGUUUUCCAUUUCGAUGCCUAAUUUAGAAUUUAAGUCUCAAGAUAGCAUAUUCUACGAUGAUGUGACGGUGGACAAGAAAGAUUGCAAAGAAAAAGAGGAAAAAGUAAGACUCUGGAAACCAAAAUUUCGGAUAAUGAAAGAAAAUAAAGGGAACAAAAUGUCUGAGGAAUCAGAAAGACCCUUCUUCAAAAGCAAGAAACACAAGAUAGAAAAAGAUGAAAAAAUAUUUCGAGAAAAACUUGAGAUACUCCUAUAAAACAGCUCAGAUAUCUCAGGACCUCAAAUUGAAGAAAGGCCAAAAGGAGGACCAAGAGAAAAGUGUUCUAAAGAAUUUCUGUCACUACAACAAAAAAAGUUUGACAUCUGAGCACCCACCAAAGGCAUCCAAAAAAUGUUAAGGGAAGACCUUGAAGACUGAUUGGGCAGCAUGACUUCCUGAUGAAUGGUUACCAAAGAUAGAUAUGGCGAUGCAUGCCUAUAAUUACUGCUACUGAGAAGGCUGAGACUUGUGAAUAUCUUGAGUUCCAGAGGACUGCUCUUCAGCAGGGAAAAGAUGGGAAGGGAACAAGCAUUUAUUAAGCCUAUUAUGUUUUAGGCACUGUGCUAAGUACUUUGCAAACAUGUCUUUUGAUCUUCACAACAACCCUUGGAGGUAGGUACUAUUAUUAUUCCCAUUUCAUAAAUGAGGGAGACUGAGGCAGAGGUAAAGUGAUGAUGAGGUAAAAUGACUUGCCUAGGAUCACAUCACUAGUAUAUCUGAGGCUGAACUUGAAUUCAUGUGUUCCUGACUCUAGACCCAGCACUCUCUCCUCUGCUCUAGGUAGGUAUAGCAGGGUUAAAGACCAGCAGUAUCUAUAUCAUGUUCAGCACCAAUAUUGUAAGUUCCUCAGAGAUGUGAAGGAAACAGAUUGUUUCAGGAGGCAUAAGCCCAAUCCAAAAAACCCCAACAAAUCAGAAAUUGAGUUCUGCUCCUGUGUUUAUCAGCACUGAGACCUAUCGCUGAGUGGCCACUGAACUUGUAGCUUGAGGGAGACAGGGAGAAAAGACAAAACAAGAAAAGAUUUAUUAGACCUGGAGUCAGAAAGACCUAAAUUCUAAUCCUGCCUCACACAUUUAAUAGCUAUGUGUGACUUAGCAGGUUACUUACCCUCUGUUUUCCUCCUCUGUAAAAUGGGCAUAAUAGCAACACCUACCUCCCAGGGGUGUUGUAUGAGAUAAAAUGUAUAAAACACUUUGCAAAGUUAAAAGCCCUAUGUGAAUGCUAACUAGUUAUUAAUAUUUCAUGUUUCAUGAUUUUUGUUUCCAUGCUAUGUUUUGUAACAUACGAUGUAUUAGUACAGCAGUAUAUGUAUAUGAUUUAUAAAUUAAAAUGCAUAUAUUUUAGAA